AUGGCCGCUUCAAAUUCUGUACAGGGUGAAGCUCCCAUUCCGAUUACCGUCGAAUUUACUGGUGGCCUCGAAUUGCUGUUCGGUAAUGAGCGCAAGCACAAAAUCGUUUUACCUGCUCAAUUAGAGAAUGGCAGCCCGCCAAAUAUCUCAUAUUUGCUCGGAUACCUUGUCGACAAUCUCAUGCAGGACCAGCGGAAAGACAUGUUUAUCAUGGAGGACAGUGUACGACCUGGUGUUCUCGUCCUUAUCAAUGAUGCCGAUUGGGAGUUGGAAGGCGAAGAUGCAUACGAACUCCAAGCAGGGGAUACUAUUGUCUUUGUCUCAACUCUACACGGAGGUUAA